AUGAGCGCAGACGAAGGCGAGAAAUUCUUCUUUGAGGAUUGGUAUUUUGGGGAUGACAGUCGAGACUCAUCGGGUGAAUUGUCUGAGCGGGAUUUGUACCAUCGGAUUUGGAAUGGUACUGGGAGUAGCAGUGGCAACUUUAUUACGGAAUCCAAACCCGAAGAUAAAGAUGAGGAUGGAGAUGGAGAUGGAUAUGAAUACGACUACUCGCCUGCCCAAUUCAUCGCCCAAUCAUUCCCAUUCGAGCCCUCUUUCCCUCCACUUUCAGGCUCGACUUUGGUCUCAGCAUCAGACUCAGCAUUGGAUUCAGCAUCAGAAGCCCUCUCCCGUCUCGAAGCGCGGGAUUUCAAAUGCCCCACUGGUGCAUACAUCACAGUUAUCACCGUGACUGUCCAUUCCACGGUUAUGGUAUCGACAGUGACAUACUCGACAAGUCCAGAGCCGAGCACUGAAACAUCCUCCACCUCUUCGUCAAAAUCGUCUUCAACAUCGACGUCGAAAUCGAGCCAAACAACAGCAACCGAAACAACAGACAGUCUAGCUCCACCCGCUCGACCAACGAGCCUCUCGACAGCAACAAGCGCAGCUACCGGCGACGACAUCUGCCCCACGGGAUUUUACGCCUGUUCCGCCGUUUAUCACGGAGGUUGCUGUCGGACAGGCCGCAACUGCGAUACGACAUCUUGCCCAACUACAUCGUCUACAACUAUGACAUCGAACGGCGUGACGAUCGUCGUACCAGUUGCAACUGCAAUGGCGAACUCUGGGGGAAAUGGGAGCGGAAACCGCUGUGCCAAUGGCUGGUUUAGCUGUGCAGACACUGUAGGCGGGGGAUGUUGUCCUACAGGCUUUGCCUGUGGUGCUAGCUGUACUGCGACUGAGACUGCAUCUGCAACGACUGUUGCGAAGGAGCAGGCUACUAAUGGGGCGGAGACUGGACGGGGGAUGUCGAGGGUUCUGCUGGGAGUCUCCGAGCCUCCGCCCAUCAUGUCCGACGCUCCCCAGAAGCCCCUCCCCUUCGUCUACCAGUUUGCCGCCGGUGCGGUGGCUGGUGUAUCCGAGAUCUUGAUCAUGUACCCAUUGGACGUGAUCAAGACUCGAAUUCAACUCCAGACCAAGGCUGCUGUUGCCGGUGCUGAGCACUACAAUGGCAUGUUCGAUUGCUUCCGCAAGAUUGUCAAGCACGAGGGUGCCUCCCGUCUAUACCGCGGUAUCUCCGCCCCCAUUCUGAUGGAAGCCCCCAAGCGUGCGACCAAGUUCGCCGCCAACGACAGCUGGGGCAGCUUCUACCGCGGCCUGUUCGGUGUUGAGAAGCAGACCCAAGGCCUGGCCACCCUGACCGGAGCCACAGCCGGAGCCACCGAGGCCUUCGUCGUUGUUCCCUUCGAGCUGGUGAAGAUCCGUCUGCAGGACAAGGCGCAGGCGCACAAAUACAACGGCAUGUUCGAUGUCGUGAAGAAGAUCAUCGCCCAGGAAGGCCCCCUGGCCCUGUACAACGGUCUCGAGUCGACAAUGUGGCGCCACAUCCUCUGGAACGCCGGUUACUUCGGCUGUAUCUUCCAGGUCCGCGCUCAGCUGCCUGCCAUCGAGCCCGGCAACAAGAGCCAGCAGACCCGCAACGACCUCAUCGCCGGUACCAUCGGUGGUAUCACCGGUACCGUCCUCAACACCCCCAUGGAUGUUGUGAAGUCUCGUAUCCAGAACACCUCCAAGAUUGCCGGCCAGACCCCCAAGUACAACUGGGCCUGGCCUGCCAUCGGCACUGUCAUGAAGGAGGAGGGCUUCUCCGCCCUGUACAAGGGCUUCACUCCUAAGGUUCUCCGUCUUGGUCCCGGUGGUGGUAUCCUGCUCGUCGUCUUCACCGGUGUCAUGGACUUCUUCCGUGGCAUGCGUGGCGAGUAA